UCUCAAUGCUGAAUCCUGAAACAGAAUACCUUCCUAACAUUAAAAUAAGUAAACUACGGAGUGAAUUGAAGUAUCUGACAAACAACUUCGAACUUCAAAUUUUCGAGAUUGGCUCAUCUAUUUUUUACAUUUUACUGCCUAUGGAAACCGCGAAUCCAAUUAUCCCAAACUACUCAGACGGCGUCAAAAUUACAGAUUGGGACGUUCGAUUACAGGCCUACCCUUAUGACUAUUGCACAACCAAAGGUGCCCAUUACCGCACUUUUGGAGCUGACCAGAAGUUCCAUUUUACAAAGACCACUACGCAUGAAGCUUUGGAGCAAGGGAUCACCCCAAAGAACAAGAAAGGGGACGACGACACUACAAGAGUUACGCGGAGACCGAUGAUAAAUUUUACAUCCUUUCCAGUUAUAGACACCGAAAAGAGAUUUGCCGCAACAAUGAAGGAAGCAACUGAUUGCAGUCCGUAUCGCAGCGACAACAAAGCGAAAAUGUAUAUGACUACCUACAAGCGCAGCUAUAUUGACCAUAGACCACGACCUAUCAAGGAACCUGAAGUUAUCCCUGAUAUCCAGGAUGUAUAUCCGCUCUUCAAUAGAAUCUCCAAGAGUGAUUUUGAAGUUAUUGGACCAAUGGCGCCUCGUAAAUUCAUGGAUGAUCACCUCAUGCAUCCUUCACCUCAGAAGCAACUUUCGAACCAUUAUAAACAAAUUAGGAUGGUCUCAUAUUGUCCAUGGUUGGGAACUUAUAAAUAAAUAAUUAUGUUUGGUGA